AUGGCUGUCCAGCAGAACUCAACACUCAUCUACGAUAAUUUGGCUGAGUGUCCUUCAUUGCUAAAGGAGCCGGAGGAGUUAAGUCGUUACAGUCCUAUACUGCCACUAAAGAAUCAGAAUAAUGAUAUUAAAACAAAUAUGCAGCAGUCCGAUAGCAACAACAAUAACAAAAACAACAACAACAACUUAAAACCUGAAAUUAAAGAUAUUCAUAAAUAUCGAAAAUACACAAGAAAUCGUCCGCAACGAAAUUAUGCCGCGAGUAGUUGCAGCGCUCAAAGUAGCCGAAGUCGUACGAUAUCGCUAAGUGGCGUUCAUAGUACAGAGAAACAGGGCCACAAGGAGAUACCCAUUUGGAUUGGCGAGGAACCACGUUACGUGUCAGGCGUAAAUAGUGGCACCACCUGCAAUGACAUUAUCAAAGCUUUGAUUGAUGAUGAAAUCCGCAUUGGAGGCAAUCACGAUUACUGUGCCAAUCGCAAUAAAUUUGACGCAGCAUCGCGUGACUACAACGAUUACGUUAUAGCGGAAAGUUGGCGCGGUAUCGAGCGCAGCUACGACGGCAACAUGGCGAUUUUGCCCGUUUGGAAGGCCUGGAGUCGUGUACACAAUGAGAUCCGUCUAAGUCUCAAACACCAUACAGAAGUCGCUGAACCCCUACCACCAAAGCAAACCAAUAACUGGUUUCAGUCAAUACGCAAAUAUCUUGCCAUACUAUUUAAAUUUACGAAACGCAAUAAGAAAAUGCUGCCAGACGUCACAAAUAAACAGCAAAAACAAUUGCUGCCUAUCGAAGAGGAAGAGUCCCCCGAUGAGAUUGUCUUCAUUUUAUUGCCCGAUAAAAAAUACGACAAUUCUGCAGCGCUACCGCAAAUCAGCAAGCCUCUAAGUACCGCUACCGAUACGUGCUUUAAUGAUCCGAACACAAAGGCCGCGAUGAUGAAACGCAAACUCUAUAGUCUCGCUGAGUCGCGUGUUUCCAUGCGCCGUAAAAAACGCUCGAGCAAAACAUCGAAACGAAAUAGUGAAGAAUUUCACGCAAGCCCUCCAGCCAACACUCAGGAUGUGGCAAAUAAUUGUAUACGCCGACGGAAACCUACGUCCAUAAGACAAUCGAUACGUCAUACGCUGGCACAAAAGACUAACGAAAUUGAUACGCUCUAUAAACGUGAGUCUGAGCUAACGAAGCGUUUGAAUCAUAAAUGUCAACUUUAUAAGCUGCACAAUGAAUUGUAUUCAAAAUCGGAUGAAAGACUGGAACUCUCCAUUGGGCAAAUACAAAGAAAUGUUGAACAAUAUGCCGAACAGAUCAUACAAACCGAACAUGAAUUGCUCGAGUUGAAGAAUGAAAUCAAACAGGACAUAUCCAUAGUGAAUAACCUGAAACGAAUGACUUUGAGAGCCGAGGAGAAGGCAAACGAAUGUGGUGUUCCGCUGCUGGCUGAGAUGCGUGGUGAAGUGCAGCACGAAGAGCAGCCGAAAAAGGGAGAUAUUAAUGCGGAAAUGCAGUUUGUGGAUAAUAUUUAUGAAUUCUGUGACAACAAUGCAAGCAUGUUGGUCUAAUUUGGGGGGAAGAAUUUAGUG